AUGGAGCACGGCAAUGGGGAAGUCUUCACUUGUGUCGUCCGCUUCGUGUCGGGACCCCAGCCUUCGCAAGGGCCUGUCAUGCCUGCGCCCUCUGCUCUGCCGUCCUCUACCGUGCCCCCGUCGCCCUUUGGUCUGCCUCCUCCGACUGCUCUGGCGCCGCCUCCACCACCCCCGCCAUCUCCUGAUGAAAGUGCGACGGGACCAGCCAGAAAGAGGAACGAAAAAUGCGCCAACAUUAUCUGUGGCAGUUGCUCGGCCCGGGGACAUCACCUCUUGGAUUGCGUUUGGCCCGACGCCAGAGAUGAUUUGGUGGGCUGCCCGUUCUGCAACACCAAGGAGCACGAGAUGGACCUCUGUCCGCAGCAGCCCUUUUUCGACGAAUGGGGGUGGGCGUACAUUCUCGUCUACCGUCGGGCCAACAAGCCAUUGCUGAGGAACACAUGCAGCUGGUUUCAUUAUGCCCUGAUUGCUCAUCGCUUCGCCUCCACUUAUGCUCUUGAUUCCAAAGAGUUUAGCUGA